AUGUCAACUGAAGUGAUUACCAGUGCAUUGUCCGCCACUACCACUACUACUACUACUAAACAACGACAACAUGUACUAACCUAUAGGCUACCGGUGCCCAAACAACAACAACAUACCGACACCACUAAUCAACAACAUAGUAGUAGUAGUAGUAGUCAACCAUCACUACAACUAGUAGGUAGUGGUGAUGCACCUGGAUCUACAACAACAUCACCAACAAUGACAUUAAUUGAUAAAAAUGAGCUUCUACACUAUAAAYUGUUGCCGCACUGGUAUCGMGAAAACCAGUACAUACUGGACGGCUAUCGGCCGCCCAUACCGUCCAUCCGUCGGUGUCUGAAAUCGGUAUUCACUAUACAUAACGAAACUGUUAACAUAUGGUCUCAUCUAUUGGGUUGUCUAGUAUUUGUUGGACUAGCCAUCGAAAAGUUAGUCAGUUUAGACAACAAUCAACUAACACUAACUAYYGGCGAUCGGCUAGUGUUUGGCCUAUUUUUUGGCUCAUGUAUCCUAUGUUUAGGACUGUCGGCCAGUUUUCAUACAAUGAUGUGUCAUUCACAYGAUGUUUGUGUCAGAUUUCUCAGGUUAGAUUUUGUAGGCAUUACCCAGGUAAUAACGGCACACUAUAUACCCUAUAUCUACUAUGGUUUUCAUUGUGAGCCCGUAGCCCGUUGGUCGUACAUUGGGUCAGCCUUGGUAUUAGGUAUGGCCACCGGGUUUGUACAGCUAUCGGGCAUACUAUACCAGCCGGGCAAUCGGCUAUUGAGGGCCGGUAUGUUUGUAUUGUUUGCUAUGUUUGGUUUGCUACCAACUGUACACUAUAUGGCCAAACAUUGGUCGGACCUAUUAUCGGAUGCCGGCAACCGGUCGCUACUCAUAAUACCGGUGCUGUGUUUGGUUUUGAUGGCCGGACUACUGGUCGGCGGUACUUAUCUCUACUGUUCACAAAUACCCGAAAAAUAUUUUCCCGGUCGAUGCGAUUAUUUGUUUCAUUCACACCAAUUGUUUCACUUAUCAGUAUUGUUGGCAUUUAUGGUAUACUAUGUGGGCCUAAAUUAUUUGGUAGACUAUGUUAAACAAUUGCCGGCUGAUUAUUGUCAACACAAAUACAAUAUAUAA